GAUGGAUCAGUGCUUCCAUCAUGGCUCAGCUGGUCGAAUGUGUCCCCAACUUCUCCGACGGUCGCAGCAAACAGGUGAUCGAUGCCAUCUCGGCGGCCAUCUCCAACACCUCCGGCUGCAGCCUGCUGGACGUCGACCCUGGAGCCUCCACCAACCGAACCGUCUACACCUUCGUGGGCUCUCCGGAGGCGGUGGUGGAGGGAGCGCUGAACGCCGCCCGGCAGGCCUUCAGCCUCAUCGACAUGAGCACACACUCAGGUGAGCAUCCUCGGACCGGAGCGCUGGACGUUUGUCCAUUCAUUCCCGUCCAGAACGUCACCAUGGACGACUGCAUCCGCUGUGCAAACCUGUUUGGGCAGAAGCUGGCCGAGAUGCUGCAGGUUCCUGUGUAUCUCUAUGGAGAAGCAGCUCGGACUGAGUCCAGGAGGAACCUCCCGUCGGUGCGAGCCGGAGAGUACGAAGCUCUACCUGACAAGCUCAGAUGUUCUGAAUGGGCUCCUGACUUCGGUCCCGCUGUUUUCGUACCAUCGUGGGGCGCCACGGUAACCGGCGCUCGCAAGUUCCUCAUCGCCUACAACGUGAACCUGAUCAGCACCAAAGAGCAAGCUCAUCGCAUCGCUUUGGACAUCCGGGAACAGGGCCGAGGGAAGGACCAGCCCGGCCUGCUGCAGAAGGUCCAGGGGAUGGGCUGGUACCUGGACGAGGCCAACAUCGCUCAGGUGUCCACCAACAUCCUGGACUUCGAGCUGACGCCGCUGCACAGCGUCUUCGAGGAAAUCUGCAGAGACGCUGAGGACCUGAAGCUGCCGGUGGUCGGCUCUCAGAUCGUCGGUCUGAUUCCUCUGAAGGCUCUGCUGGACUCUGCAGACUUCUACAUCCACAGAGAUCGACUGUUCGUCCUGGAGGAGGAGCACAAAGUCCGACUGGUGAUCAGUAAGCUGGGCCUGGACUCCCUCGGUCCGUUCAAGCCCAACGAGAGGAUCAUCGAGUACAUGGUGAAGCCGCAGGACGACGGACGGCUGGUGUCUUUGUCUCUGCAGCAGUUUGUUCGGAGCGUCGGCGCUCGGACGGCGGCUCCCGGAGGAGGAUCGGUUUCUGCUGCCGUCGCCGCUCUGGGGGCGGCGCUGGGCUCCAUGGUCGGUCACAUGACCUACGGGAAGAGGCAGUUUGAGAACCUGGACGUCGUCAUGAGGAGGCUGAUUCCUCCGUUUCAUCAGGCCAUGAACGACCUGCUGCACAUGGUGGACGCAGACGCCUCCGCCUUCAACAGCUACAUGGUAACAACACACCUGUAG